AUGGUACAAGAGCUUCCUGAGUCCCAAAGAGUUGAUGCAGUCAGUAGUAUGGUUUACGAAGCGAAUUCGAGAAUAAGAGAUCCAGAUAUUGAUGAUUUUAUGAUGAUUAAUGCCAUUACUACUCGACAUCAGCAACAACAACAACCCACAACUAAUACCAUAUUCCCUACUUCAUCGUCAUUAUCAUCUUUGCAACAAGAUAUUGAUGAUAUUAUGAGUAAUAAGAUUAUUACUCAAUCUUCGUCUCCAGAUAACAAUUUCCAUGGGUCAAUCUUCGGCCACGCGAAUAUGGGUUUGGAAUGGAACCAUCCUUGUGGACAUAAUUAA